AUGGCAUCUUUACCUAAGAGGAUUAUAAAAGAGACCGAGAGGCUGGUUAGCGACCCGGUUCCCGGCAUCACAGCUGAACCUCACGAGGACAACCUGAGGUACUUCGACGUCACCAUCGAAGGCCCAUCCCAGUCCCCAUAUGAGAAAGGUAUAUUCAAGCUAGAGCUGUAUUUGCCCGAGGACUACCCUAUGGAGGCGCCCAAGGUGAGGUUUUUGACCAAGAUAUACCACCCAAACAUCGACAGGCUGGGCCGUAUCUGCCUGGACGUGCUGAAAACCAACUGGUCGCCCGCGCUACAGAUAAGGACGGUACUGCUGUCCAUCCAAGCGCUUCUGGCAAGCCCAAACCCGAACGACCCCUUAGCCAACGACGUCGCAGAGGACUGGAUCAAGGACGAAGCUAAAGCCAAGCAAACUGCAAAAGAGUGGACUGCACAAUACGCAAAAUAG